UUCCAGUACGCGUAGUUCUAUGGAAUAAAUUAUUUGAUUAAGUCUCGCUGUAUACUUUGAUAUUACAGUCGGUGUGAGCAUCGUUUGCCAUUUGGAGUGUAUACAGUUAACGCAUGUUCCAAUAAUUCAUGAAUUAAGUUUGGACUAAAACGAUCAGUUUUGGAUUUAGCUUUGAUUUUCAAAAUAUUCAUUAAAAGGAAUACAAUUUGGAUCAAAAAAUAUAGACCGAAAGAAACGUCUGUUCUUUAAUAUACAAGAAGUGAAAAGUUCACAGAGUGUUUCCUAAAUUUCUAGUAAAAAGGCCAAAUCGACAGGAGAUCACAAAAGUUUUCUCCAUAACAUUUACAUUCGAAAUGGCAAAAGUAUAGAUCAAGAAACAUCUCUAUCAGAUGCAGGGAAUUCGAAAAAUAAACAGAUAAGACAUGUUUACAUAAAAAUCUCUCUGGUUCUAGGAUUUUUCAGUCUUAAAAUUAAACAGUCCGUCUUUCAGCGCUUAUAAAACUGUGAAGGAACAUACACCUUUUGUUAAUUCAGGGAUGGAAGGAAAAGCACCUGAUUGUUAAAAGGAGAUUGUGUGUGUUAAUUUCGAGAUCGUGAGAUGGUAGUGGAGACAGAGAAAGUGUUGAGUCGUCAGAAGACUGGCGUCAGUGUUUCAGAUAACGUCCAGUGUACGUACUCGCGACAUCAGACGGAUAAAAUGGCCACGUUUCAGGACAGAAUGGAGGUGGUUCAGGAAAAUGGGGAACAGUCUGAGCAACAAGAAAUGGUUGACAAGUUUAUAAAGGAUGUGAUCGAAAAAGCGAGGGCCGAAUAUAAACGUCAACAGAAGGACGAAUCAAAAAAUGGUUCGAAACGGAGAAAAGAAAAAAAUAAGGAUCAAACCACGAAGGAUAUAUCGUCGAAGAAAAAAUCUGCCAGCAAAAAGGGUACCAAGAAGAAACACCACUACAAAUAUUCGGACCCUGUAGAUGAAAAGGAGAUUUUAGAGUAUGAACAGGAGGAGAUGCAGUUGCAAUGGAACCCGAAUUUUGGAGAAGAACGGAAAGAGAAAGAAGAGCCCCGACAGGAGAGCGUCUACAACCGUCUUGCCUCCUCUCUCCGCAGACUCUUCGUGUGUUGCCUCGGGAAAACCUGAUUGCGAGGUUAGGAGGUUUUGGAGGGGAUAAGAGGCAGUGUAAUCGGUUGGUAAGAGUUUAAUGGGGUUGUGUAUGAACUGAUGUGAAGAUAAGAGAGUGUCUACUAUUGCCCUCGUUGCUCAGUCACUUUGUCUACUAAUGUUAGAAAACCCUGCGCAUGAUACACGAGAAUAGCAAGUGAAUUUUUGAUAAUCUUUUCGCGCAUUUAAUAGUACAUAAAUCCGAAUGAAUAAUUGAAGUGUAAUCGUAAUGAUUUUGCCCAAAAAAUUAUUUUGGAGAUUCUUUAAAACAUUCGUUUUUCGUGAAAAUAAACUACAAAUAUUUGUUUGUAAUAUCCAAUCAGCUUCUAAGUAAUCGUUCGGCUCUGUACACUUUUCAUCGUUGGAAAACAAUAAAAAUAAUAUAUUUGUAGUUGUGUAGAUAUCUUUAAAAUACCAUAACACAAGUUAUUUAUCAUGUCAAAUGAGAAGCUGUGAUGAGGGGAAUCAAAUAAAUAAAAUGUGAGACAAUAUUGGACUUAUUUUGUUAGUAGAUCUAUUACAAUCACACGCCAUGAUAUAUAUGAAAACAAUGUCUUAUUUCUCGUCAUCCGUAGAAAUCAACAUAUUUCAGCAUGUGUGUGUAUAUCGACUACUCCUAGUAUG